AUGUCGUCCAAACGAAAGAGUGGAGGUCAGUCACAAUCCGACUUCAAACGCCUCAAGGCAAAAGUCGGAAAGCGAGCGCCCAAGGCUGCCAAUUUCACCGAUACGACUUUCAAGUCAGCUUCCAUUCGGAUGGCAGAUCAACAUGCCUUGCAACAAAUAGGGACGGGUGUUGCGUCGGCUCGAGGAAGAUCGAUGGUUGAUUUGUCACUUCAACUAAGUCAUCAUGCUGCAGCUGUCCGCUUGAGCGCCGUUAAAGGAUUGGGGGAUAUUACGCGACAUGAAUCUACAGCCUCACUUCGGCCACAUUUGGCCCUCUUGAUACCUUGCUGUGCCAAGUCGUGGGUAGACGAAGACGACGACACACGGACGGCUGGACUUACAACGUUUGGAGAACUACUACGAAAACAAUCGGAGACUUCUAUUCGACCAUUCAUGCCUCUGAUUGUUGCCUACUUGACCUCAGCCCUUCAUAGUCUGGAUUCAACGAUGAGAGUAGAUGGUGCCAAAGCUGUCCACUUGGUUUGCUCUGUUCAUCCAAAGCUCCUUCGGCCGCAUGUAGCGAAAUUGCUGAAACCUUUCAUUGGUCUAUUGACGGACAGAGGAAAGCUCGCUGCUAAGGCUGAAAUCCUACUCGGUUUAGUAUCGUUGAUGAAGGUUUCGAAGGUUGAUGCCUCCGAUCGACAGCUGAAGCGGGCUUCGAUAGAGUCUUGUCCUCAUUUCACGUUUGUUUCAGGUGGUCGAUCUCGUAAUGCAAUCGUAGUGGAAGGAAGGUCGAUACGGCCACCUGUUGCACCAUUGAGUUCAAUCCAGGAUAUUCUUUCUUUGGAUCGAAGCCGAGCCGGCAGGACGGAUGGCGAGAACGAUGAUAUGGAAGUGAUACAAGAGUUAAUGGAAAAAGUCCGAAAUAUCUUGAUGGAGAUCUUGGAAUCAGAGACUAUGGAAGUAGCGAAAACCAAGAAAUCCCCAAGUCCACAGUCCAAGGAGAAACUAAUUUCGUUGGUUUUUCAGGCCAUUGGGUUGUUGUGGAAGCGAAAGACACGAUUCUAUGAAGGUCAACCAGACAAUGAGCCUCCAGAGAAGUUGCAAAAGCUAGCAGUUCAAGUUUUAUCGAUUCUGCUAGAUAUGUUGCCAUUGCAACGAGGAGACUUCAAGUUUGUGAACGAUUCAACGGUCGAAUCCUUGAAUUCGACCCUUUGCACCACUGUAAUGACCAUUGGUGCGACAGUACCCGAGAACAUUUGUCAAGAUUCUGAAGGAAAGCAGCUGAAGUGGAAGUCGCAACUCUCUUCCUUCCUCUUGCCUCAUUUGCAACGAUACAAAUCGGACCAAGACUAUCCUACUUCCGCCUUGAACGUCACUUGUGACUUGUUGCUAUCCUCGGUCGAUUCUGCCAGCAACUCACUGUACGACCACGGUAGUGCCAUGCUGAAGGCAAUCAACGAGAUCUUUUUCCAAGAUUCCAAUGCAGCGUUAGCGCGCUCUCAAGCUGGGCGCAAGGUGGCUGUCACUGUCUGUGACAUUCUCACAAGUUUGAAUUAUCCGAAUUUGGCCGAUGCACCUCUAUUGAUGGAUAUGACGUCUGCGAUGUCAUCCUUUCUCAACUUUUGGGGUGCUGACUGUGAGUUUGAAACCAAUGUUACAUUUGAUGCACUGCUCGGAAUCGUGCGAUCCAAUGGCACCGACUCGGAAUUGGGCAACACGUUGCGGAACAGAAUGGAAGAUUUAGUCCUCACGGAAGAGAAGGGAGAACGACCGGCAUUUGAAAUUUAUACGACUCAGAGUCAGAGCAAGUUCCUCGCGUUGAUGGUAAUGUUGGAGAAACCCUCGGCUUCCUGUCUAAAGGGGCUAGCCAAGUUCUGUUCCAAGUCUUCGAAUGAUACAUCGACGGCAGAUGCAAUUGUUUCGUCCUUACAAGCGAUUCGAAGGAGCAUUCCAAUGAAGAACUACAUCCAGUUUUUGUUGACAAGCAUUGUGAUUCCAAAAGCAAAGAGCAAACGAAAGAACCAGUCCAGUGACGAGCCAUUUGCCUCCUUCCUGUCACGCAUGGGAACAAUGGAUUCUGGUGUGCGACGAGUUUCGGUUGCCUUGAUUGAAUGUGGCUCGAAACGAAUUCUACAAAUGCUACUUCCAUUCUUGAAAGAUCUACUAAAACCAAAGGAGGAACUAGAAGCAGCGGAUAGCUACUUGCGAUACCGUGCUUCCAUUUCACUUUUGGCUUUGAUUUUGCUGGAUAUUCAAGUAACAACUGGAGAGACCGACGUUCCACCCGAGCUGAAUGAACCUCUUGUGAAUGCGCUGUUUGCAUCAAUAGACUUUAUAUCGGCCUCGAAAAACUCCAUGGGAGGAGCCACCAAGCUGCUGUCUCCGCUUAUCGGCGUGUGUCAUGCUGAAAAGGUUCUCCUUUUGUCACUUUUUGACCGAAUCGUCGACAAGGUCGCUGACUACAAGACCAAGCAACAUCAACUAAAGAACAUUGUCCGACUCUUGGUCGAUAUUUCCAACGAUGACCGCAUUACAGCCCGACUGGAUGGUUUCGAUCAGCUUCGGGGCAGUGUAUUGGCACUCAAGCAAAGUGUACAAAAGAAUGGCCUGCAAAAGUUGGAAGGGAUUGAUCAGCUCCAAGCUCUGGUGGAUGUCCGAACCGGCUACAAGGAGCGACAAAGAGUUUAG